GAAUUUCUCAAUAAAUCUGAAAAGAAAAGAGAAGAGACAGCAUUGCUAACAAAAAAUUUUUAAACUAAGUUUAAAGCGUGAAUUUAGUUCAAAAGAUAAUUUCACUAUAUUUGAAAAAAACUGAGAAGUUGCCGGAAAACAACUGCAUUUAACAAUAACCUAUCACUGUUGGAAAUAUGUAGCUAUAUACGUCGAUGUAGAGAAACCCCAAGCUCUUACAUUGUGACAUAACUUUUACGCAAAAAAGUUUGUAAAGUUGGGUGCAAAGUCGUUUAAAAUUUCACUUAUUGGUGCAGACGAUUACUAGGUAGUCUUGCUGAGACUUUAGAGUUUGCAUCCUAAACGAGCACCUACAACCGAGUCAAAUGUGAUGACUCCAUCAGAUUCACCAAUCAUGAACGCAAAAGGUCAACCAAAAGUAGCGGUGGUAUAGUAGUACAAGUAGCGCUGGAAUUCAAAUCUGAACCUUGCUAUUGCCAUAGCCCAUAACUUUGUUGGGAUAAUAUCAACAAAUUAUUGCAAUAACGGUAGAAAUGAUCAGAAAUUUACAAGCAGACACGUUCCCAGCAAGCGUGAUGGCGUGUAGAUGACGUUUACACUUUGGGAAAAUUUGUUCGGAAAGUUGCACUUCUCGUGUUACUCGUAAUAUGUGAUGCAAUUUGUCUUUAAUAGGUUACCUGCAUAUAGCGUAGCAACCAUACGCUCUAUCGCUAGUAGAAAAGCGAGGAUACUAACAAUAGUACUGUGACAAUGCAACUUUAACUUAAUGGUCUCACUUAUUCAUGCAUGCAGAAUGACAAUUAGAAUUGUAAAUAGGAUAUAUAAAAUUAGGUGUGUGUAAAAAAAGUGUGUUAAUGCUGAUUACAAGUUAAGCUGAGAACGGUGUUUUAAAAAGAUAAGUUGGCUUGCGCGCUACAAUUUGGUAGCAGGAAAUGGUUAUUUAAGUGUUACUUUGAAGACUAAAUCAGGAAUGGAGACGCGAAGCCAACGCAGGGAAAGAAUCGAAGUUCCUACGGAAAGCGAGAAUAUCAGCGAACGCUUGGUUGAUCGUGAAACAAGCUCACGACCUAUCGAAUACAUUGACGAGCAAAUUCACUUCGUUGAGAGUUUACAAGCAGUGAAAAACGGCCUAAACGAUAUAAAGCAAAGUGAGACCAAUCUUAAAGAAAAAUACGAGCGAAUUUGUGGCGAAAAUCAACAGCUAGUUGAACGAAUAAAACUGUUAGAAGCCCGUGAGACAGAAAACCGGCUAAGUCAACUCGACUUGGAGACCAAUUACCAUGUUCUCGAAGAGAAAAUUGGCAAAUUAACGGAGGACUUGCAAAGAACCAGAACGGGGUGUUAUCAAGAGAUAGGGCGUCGAGUAGAAACGUCUAACGAGGAAGUUCAAAGCCUUCGUGUUAGCUUUGCUGAGAGUUUUGAACAGUUGCUUGACGUUGUUGAGAAGCUCGAUAAAAGAGUGCAAUCAAGCGAAACUAGUUUGCAAUGCAAAAUCGAUGAAAUGAGUGAAAUUCGUUUAUCGCAGACCCCAAUCAACGCAAAGAAAGUCCCAAAGGUUCCCAAAGCCCAGUCUACAGAAAUGAAAUCUGAGAAGCCAUAUAUGUUCCGUACACAACUACCACCCAGCGCUGCUGUUGACUCUUGUUUGGACAAACGGACGACCGCAUCGAGUGAUUCAAAGCAGAGAAAACAGAAACCCAUUCAAACGGCACCGAAGUUCGAUGGGGACUCGUCAUGGGAAGUAUUUCAAGCCCAGUUCGACAUAGCGGCAGAAAUUAAUGGGUGGAAUGAAGAUGACAAAGCAGUUUUCCUGGCCACGGCUCUAGUUGGAAAAGCUGCUUUGGUGCUGAGCAAUUUAUCUGAUCGCGAACGACGGGAUUACAGAACGUUGGUCAGUACUUUAACAACCUGCUUUGGGAUGGCCCACCAAUCGGAGUUGGCGCGAGCCAAAUUAAAAUGUCGGGGAAAGAACAGGGAAGAGUCUAUGGCUGAAUUGGCGGAAAGCGUGGAGACUUUAACAAGAACUGCAUAUCCUGACGCUUCGACAGACCUGCAAGACGUCAUUGCCAGAGAUAACUUUAUCGAUGCGUUGCCCGACGAUGAUAUGCGAUUAAGAAUUCGCCAGCUACGACCAUCAUCGUUACAAGUAGCUCUUCAAAACGCCAUGGAGUUAGAGUCCUUUCACCAAGCUUCACGACACCGUCAAAGAUGGCAGCGUAGUGGCUCUUCGUGGAAUGUGCGCCAAGUUGAGGAGACUUCCCGUAUUGCGCCUAAGACGAGUGAAGAAACAUCCAGCAUCGAGCGACUUGAGAAAUUAGUGGAUCAGUUGCUGAAAGAGAUGAAAAACCAGAAUCGUCGUCAAUCGCCUCCACGAACGUCUGGGCGCCCGCGCCCGAUGAGAUGUUGGAACUGUGGUCAGCUGGGUCAUUUACAGAAUGAUUGUCUCGUGAAACAGGAAGAAAUCAAAAAGGAAUUCAAGAAGGAAACUGAGGUGGGCAGAGAAGGAGCAGAAACCAGUCAAGGUGACCGAAACAUUAAGCAUCAGGGAAACGACAGGUGGUCGUCCGAGAGGGGCAUGGGCCGACCGAGAAAGUUUUAGAAGAAGCCCCCAGUG